UUUACUCUCAUGGGGCUAUGACUAUGUUUUUAUAUAUCUCAGUCAACUAUGAUUCCCUACCGCCUAUGCUUCGACCGAGAUGCCACCGGGGUUCUCGAAAUUCUCGAGAAUUCUCUCGACAUUUUUUUCAUGCUAGACGUAGUCCUCAAUUUCUUCACUGGCGUCUAUGUAGGCGGCCAACUG